AUGGAUAUAUUGGAAUUUGUCAAGAAAUUAAGUGCUGGUAAACAUCAUUCAGCACGUAAUGAUGAUGUUUUUAUUGAUCGACUCAAUCAUAGAUAUACGGUGACAAUGAUUUUAGUAUUUGCAGCUGUUGUUACAACUCAACAAUAUUUUGGUAGCCCUAUAACAUGUUGGGUACCUGCUCAAUUUACAGGUGGUUAUGAAAAAUAUGCAAAUGAUAUAUGUUGGAUAAUGAAUACAUAUUAUGUUCCAAUGGAAUCUGAUAUACCACAUGCUGAAACAACUCGAUAUGAACGUAUGCUAAAAUAUUAUCAGUGGUCACCAUUUAUUCUUAUGUUUAUGGCUCUAUGCUUUUAUUUUCCACGUAUGCUAUGGAGAUCAUUAAAUAAUAAAUCAGGUUUAGAUAUUGAAAAAUUAGUUGAUGAAGCUAUGAAACAUGAACAACAAGAAGAAGAUAAAAAGGAUGAUAAAAAGGAUGAUAAAAAGGAAGAGAAAAAAGAAGAGAAAACGGAAGAGAAAAAGAAAGAUUCAGAGGAAAAUUCAAAUGAAGAUUCAAAGAAAAAACCAAAGGACAAACCAAAGAAAGCAGUAAAAGAUAUUGGUGAUAUGAUAAUAGCAUAUGCUGAAAAUCGUUAUACGUCUCCAGAUCUACCUUCACGUGAAUCAAAACGUUUUCCUCAAAAAGUCGUAUAUUAUUUAACAUUUUGGCGUCGUCGUCAUUUAAGCUCAUACAUAGUUCUAUUAUUUACAUUUGUUAAAUUACUUUUUCUUGUUAAUUCAUUAGUACAAAUUUAUCUUUUAAAUGCAUUUUUGGGUAAUGAUUAUCAUUUAUUCGGAUUUGAAGUUAUCGAUAAAUUUGUUCGUGGUCUUGAUUGGGGUGAAUCAAAACGAUUUCCACGUGUGACAUUAUGUGAUUUUCAUAUACGUGAAGUUGGUAUUAUACAUCGAUAUACUGUACAAUGUGUAUUACCAAUUAAUUUAUUUAAUGAAAAAAUCUUUCUUAUUCUUUGGUUUUGGAUUUUACUCCUAGCUGCAUUCAAUAUAGGUGAUUUUCUAUCAUGGCUGUUACGUAUGAUAAAUGUUGAAAGUCGUACAAGUUAUAUAAAACGAAAAUUACAUAUGAGCAAUGCAAUGACACCCGACAAUGAGCGGACUAAAUCAGAAGAAAACAAAAACAACGACCAAAAAAUUAAACAAUUUACUCGUGAAUUUUUACAAGAAGAUGGAUGUUUUGCACUUCGAUUAUUAGCACGUAAUGGACAAGAUAUUAUUGUCAGUGACGUAAUUGAUUAUUUAUUUAAAUAUUAUUGUAAGAAAUAUAUUGAUGGUGAUACAGAAAAUGAUCAAUCAAACGAUCAUCCAAGUAAAUCAGUAUCACCAAAUUCUUAUCAUCAUAUAAAUACUGAUCGAUCAAUAGAUCAUUCAAAUACUGAUCGAUUAUUAGAUCAUUCAAAUAGAUCAGUACCAUCAAAUUCUCAUCGUUUUCCAAGACAACCGUACACAACUAAUCGGCUAUCAUCAAUGGAGAGAUCAAAUAAUUAUGAUGAUGAUCAGAGCAACUUAGUAUAA